CAGGAGCAAAACCAAGCGAGCGCGCACGAAGAGAGAGAGAGAGAGAGAGAGAGAAGAAGAAGAAGAAGAAGAAAAAGAACGAAGGCUCUGCUGUGAAUUGUAAGCAAAAGAGACGCGGCACCUAUAAAUUAUAAAUAACCACGCAACUCCUCCCCGUCCUCCACCGCCCGUCUCUCCUCUCUCUCUCUCUCUCUCUCUCCGCCCUCUAUCUGAUAUCUUCUCCGAUUCUUGAUCUUGUCGCCGCGAUCUUGGCCAGAUCCGUGGAGGCGUCGGCGCGGAUGAAUCUGACCGGGGGAGGGAAGGAUCUUGGCCUGUUGAUGCGGUGAAAACGAAUGCGGGAUUCUCGAAUGGGGUUUUAAGUCGGUCACCGUCGGAUUGGAUCUGGUUGUCGGAUUUGUAGGCGUUGGAGUUUUGCUCAGGAAUGCUGAAUUGAGGUUCUGGGAUCAAGUUUGUGGUCUUGAUAGCUCUGGAUCUGCAAUAUUGGUGUCUGGGGGUUUUCUCUGAUGUCACCAUCACUGUCGUAGCUUCAGUUUUUUGAUCUUUCAGUCCUGUAAGGCAAAGGCUUACUGCUGAGAUGAAAAACGGGAUGAUAGAAUGCAGCGUCUGCCAUUCCAAAUUGCUUUCCCCAAGCACCAGAACUGUGUCAAGGGCAUAUGAUAGGCAUAGGAGCAAGAUAUCAUCAAGGGCUCGUGCUCUCAACAUCCUUCUGGUUGUAGGUGACUGCAUCUUGGUUGGCCUCCAGCCUAUUUUAGUUUAUAUGUGCAAGGUGGAUGGGAAGUUCAUGUUCAGCCCUGUCAGUGUUAACUUUUUGACAGAGGCUGCAAAGGUUCUUUUUGCCGUUGUCAUGCUAUUCUUCCAGGCUAGACGUCAGAAGGUUGGAGAGAAACCCCUCCUUUCAGUUUCCAUAUUCUUACAGGCAGCUCGCAACAAUGCCCUCCUUGCCGUUCCUGCUUUUCUGUAUGCCAUCAACAACUAUCUAAAGUUUAUCAUGCAGUUAUACUUCAAUCCAGCAACUGUGAAAAUGUUGAGCAACAUGAAGGUUUUGGUAAUAGCUGUUCUCUUAAAGCUCAUAAUGAGAAGGCGCUUUUCCAUAAUUCAGUGGGAGGCUCUUGCACUAUUGCUAAUUGGAAUCAGUGUUAAUCAGCUUCGGUCACUGCCUGAGGGUACUACUGCGCUUGGCCUUCCACUUGCAACAGUUGCAUACAUAUAUACAAUAGUUUUUGUAACUGUUCCGUCACUGGCAUCAGUUUUCAAUGAGUAUGCUUUAAAAAGCCAAUUCGAGACAAGUAUCUAUCUUCAGAACUUGUUCCUAUAUGGUUAUGGAGCAAUAUUCAACUUUCUUUUUAUCCUAGGAACUGCCAUUUUCAAAGGGCCCAGUAGUUUUGACAUCUUUCAAGGCCACUCAAAGGCCACAAUGUUUCUCAUAUGUAACAAUGCAGCACAGGGCAUACUUUCUUCAUUCUUUUUCAAAUAUGCAGACACAAUUUUGAAGAAAUAUUCAUCUACUGUUGCCACUAUUUUUACUGGGAUAGCAUCGGCUGCAUUGUUUGGUCAUACUUUAACAAUGAAUUUUAUUUUGGGAAUUUCAAUAGUGUUUAUAUCGAUGCACCAGUUCUUUUCUCCACUUGCAAAAGUCAAAGAUGAGGCACCAAAUGGAACAUUGGAAAUGAUGGAUGCUCAAAAUCUUAGGUCAAAAGAUGCUUCUUUUAUAAAUAUGACUGCUGGUGCUGCUGAAGAUGCCAGUCACCGCGUUGGACCUGAUGAGAGAGAACCGCUUCUUCCCAAAUAGUGCUACUUUUUGAGGUAUUUUUGAAAGAGAUCCAUUUAUGCUUAUCCAAAAAAAAAAAAAAAGAGAUCCAUUUAUUGGGGCGUGAUGUAGAGACAAGCCAAUUCUUAAAUCUAAAAAAAGCAUAUAUAUCUUUUGUAGCCUGUCCUGCAGGCAAUGUUAUUUGCAUUAUGUUGGUUUCCUCAAGGCAAGAUAAAGAGGAGAGCAAUAGACAUUGCCUAGAAAGGUUGCAGGGUGAAACCAAGAUUGCAUUCAGGCUGUAGAGAGUUUACGAAUUUCAGCUGGUGCUGUAUUCUUUUUGUAAUGGAAUUCCCUAGUGAUCAGAUGACACUUAUACAGUGUUCCAUUUUCCCUCUAUUAUAUUCUGCUUUUCAAUCCAAGUAUGUAAAAACUGGAGAUAUUCUUUCAUGUGACUAAGAGGAAUUUCUGGAUUCUUUAAGUCAAAACAUUUUUUUCA